AUGAUUGAUUCAAGCGAAGUUAAAAUCGAAGAUCAAGAUGAAGAGAGAGAAUCAUCCGGGGAUAGCUCUGAGUUUUCGGUUAUGGCGACGUCAUCAUCAUCAGUUGCGAGGAAUGUGUUCGAUGAUGAUGAUAAAGAUGAGGAUGUUUGUAGGAUUUGUCGAAACCCUGGUGAGGCUGAUAAUCCGUUGAGAUAUCCGUGUGCUUGUAGCGGUAGUAUUAAGUUUGUUCAUCAGGAUUGUCUUCUUCAAUGGCUUAAUCACAGUAAUGCUCGUCAAUGUGAGGGAAAAUUUGAGAGUGCACCUAAAUUAAGGGUGUUCUUGAACACCUUAAUUUGUCUACGUGUGAUAACCAAGGCUUGA